AGUCGCCCCAAGAAAGGCCGGGCUCCCGGCGCAGCCUGCCGGGCAGCCUCUCAGAGAAGAGCCCCAGCAUGGAGCCUUCAGCCGCUACGCCGUUCCGGGUCACGGGCUUCCUCAGCCGCCGCCUCAAGGGCUCCAUCAAGCGCACCAAGAGCCAGCCCAAGCUGGACCGCAACCACAGCUUCCGCCACAUCCUGCCGGGGUUCCGGAGCGCCGCCGCCGCCGCCGCCGCCUCCGCCUCCGCCGCGGACAAUGAGAGGUCCCAUCUGAUGCCGAGGCUGAAGGAGUCUCGCUCGCACGAGUCCCUGCUCAGCCCCAGCAGCGCGGUGGAGGCGCUGGACCUCAGCAUGGAGGAGGAGGUGGUCAUCAAGCCAGUGCACAGCAGCAUCCUGGGCCAGGACUACUGCUUCGAGGUGACCACGUCGUCGGGAAGCAAGUGCUUCUCCUGCCGGUCAGCGGCCGAGCGGGAUAAGUGGAUGGAGAACCUGCGGCGAGCGGUGCAGCCCAACAAGGACAACAGCCGGCGCGUGGAGCACAUCCUGAAGCUGUGGGUGAUCGAGGCCAAGGACCUGCCAGCCAAGAAGAAGUACCUGUGCGAGCUGUGCCUGGACGACGUGCUGUACGCGCGCACCACGGGCAAGCUCAAGACUGACAACGUCUUUUGGGGCGAGCACUUCGAGUUCCACAACCUGCCGCCCCUGCGCACCGUCACCGUCCACCUGUACCGCGAGACAGACAAGAAGAAGAAGAAGGAGCGCAACAGCUACCUGGGCCUGGUGAGCCUGCCCGCCGCCUCCGUGGCCGGGCGGCAGUUCGUGGAGAAGUGGUACCCGGUGGUGACGCCCAACCCCAAGAGCGGCAAGGGCCCCGGGCCCAUGAUCCGCAUCAAGGCGCGCUACCAGACCAUCACCAUCCUGCCCAUGGAGAUGUACAAGGAGUUUGCCGAGCACAUCACCAACCACUACCUGGGGCUCUGCGCCGCCCUCGAGCCCAUCCUCAGCGCCAAGACCAAGGAGGAGAUGGCAUCGGCCCUGGUGCACAUUCUGCAGAGCACGGGCAAGGUGAAGGACUUCCUGACAGACCUCAUGAUGUCGGAGGUGGACCGCUGUGGAGACAACGAACACCUCAUCUUCCGCGAGAACACGCUGGCCACCAAGGCCAUCGAGGAGUACCUCAAGCUGGUGGGCCAGAAGUACCUGCAGGACGCACUAGGGGAGUUCAUCAAAGCGCUGUAUGAGUCGGAUGAGAACUGUGAAGUGGACCCGAGCAAGUGCUCGGCCGCUGACCUCCCCGAGCACCAGGGCAACCUCAAGAUGUGCUGCGAGCUGGCCUUCUGCAAGAUCAUCAACUCCUACUGCGUCUUCCCGCGGGAGCUGAAGGAGGUGUUUGCCUCGUGGCGGCAAGAGUGCAGCAGCCGCGGCCGGCCGGACAUCAGCGAGCGGCUCAUCAGCGCCUCCCUGUUCCUGCGCUUCCUCUGCCCGGCCAUCAUGUCGCCCUCCCUCUUCAACCUGCUGCAGGAGUACCCCGAUGACCGCACCGCCCGCACGCUCACCCUCAUCGCCAAGGUCACCCAGAACCUGGCCAACUUCGCCAAGUUUGGCAGCAAGGAGGAGUACAUGUCGUUCAUGAACCAGUUCCUGGAGCACGAGUGGACCAACAUGCAGCGCUUCCUGCUGGAGAUCUCCAACCCCGAGACCAUCUCCAACACGGCCGGCUUCGAGGGCUACAUCGACCUGGGCCGCGAGCUCUCCAGCUUGCACUCGCUGCUCUGGGAGGCCGUCAGCCAGCUGGAGCAGAGCAUCGUAUCCAAACUGGGGCCUCUGCCUCGAAUCCUGAGGGACGUGCACACAGCACUGAGUGCCCCAGGCAGUGGGCAGCUUGCAGGGACCAACGACUUGGCCUCUACGCCCGGCUCUGGCAGCAGCAGCAUCUCAGCGGGACUGCAGAAGAUGGUGAUCGAGAAUGACGUCUCCGGUCUGAUAGAUUUCACCCGGUUACCGUCUCCAACCCCCGAAAACAAGGACUUGUUUUUUGUCACAAGGUCCUCCGGGGUCCAGCCCUCACCUGCCCGCAGCUCGAGUUACUCGGAAGCCAACGAGCCUGAUCUUCAGAUGGCCAACGGUGGCAAGAGCCUGUCCAUGGUGGACCUCCAAGACGCCCGCGCGCUGGACGGGGAGGCGGGCUCCCCGGCGGGCCCAGACGCCCUCGCCGUCGACGGGCAGGCGCCUGCAGCUCAGCUGGUGGCUGGGUGGCCGGCCCGGGUGGCCCCGGUGAGCCUGGCAGGGCUGGCCACAGUGCGGCGGGCAGGCCAGACACCGACCACCGCGGGCGCCUCGGAGGGCGCGCCGGGCCGGCCCCAGCUCUUGGCGCCGCUCUCCUUCCAGAACCCUGUGUACCAGAUGGCGGCCGGCCUGCCGCUGUCUCCCCGUGGCCUUGGCGACUCGGGCUCCGAGGGCCACAGCUCCUUGAGCUCCCACAGCAACAGCGAGGAGCUGGCGGCUGCCGCCAAGCUGGGAAGUUUCAGCAGCACCGCCGAGGAGCUGGGGCGGCGCCCCGGGGAGCUGGCGCGGCGUCAGGUGUCGAUGACUGAGAAGGGCGGGCAGCCCCCGGGGCCGCGGCAGAACAGCGCCGGCCCCCAGCGGAGGAUCGACCAGCCACCGCCCCCGCCCCCGCCGCCGCCUCCCGCGCCCCGCGGCCGGACGCCACCCACCCUGCUGAGCACCCUGCAGUACCCGCGGCCCUCGAGCGGGACCCUGGCGUCGGCCUCGCCCGACUGGGCUGGCCCCGGAGCCCGGCUGCGGCAACAGUCCUCGUCCUCCAAGGGUGACAGCCCCGAGCUGAAGCCUCGCGCGGUGCACAAGCAGGGCCCUUCACCCGUGAGCCCCAAUGCCCUGGACCGCACGGCCGCCUGGCUCUUGACCAUGAACGCACAGUUGUUAGAAGACGAGGGCCUGGGCCCAGACCCCCCCCACAGGGAUAGGCUAAGGAGUAAGGAGGAGCUCAGCCAAGCAGAAAAGCAGGACCUGGCAGUGCUGCAGGACAAGUUGCGAAUCUCCACCAAGAAGCUGGAGGAGUAUGAGACCCUGUUCAAGUGCCAGGAGGAGACAACCCAGAAGCUGGUGCUGGAGUAUCAGGCGCGGCUGGAGGAGGGCGAGGAGCGGCUGCGACGGCAACAGGAGGACAAGGACAUCCAGAUGAAGGGCAUCAUCAGCAGGUUGAUGUCGGUGGAGGAGGAGCUGAAGAAGGACCACGCGGAGAUGCAAGCAGCUGUGGACUCCAAACAGAAGAUCAUUGAUGCCCAGGAGAAGCGCAUCGCCUCCCUGGAUGCUGCCAACGCCCGCCUCAUGAGCGCCCUGACACAGCUGAAAGAGAGUAUGCAUUAGAAACAAAAGCCCGCUUGCUCGCUUGCUGGAACACAGGGGCCUUUUAAAUUGAGCGUGCGCACUGCAUGGGAAAUAGCGGCCCUGGAGGAUGUUAGACUUGCUCCCUCUCCAAGACAGCAGCAGCCUGCACCCGCCCCGUGUGUGCGGCCGGCCUCUGCCUCACCCCUCCCGGGCCCAGCCGAGGACCCAGGCGCUGCAGACAGGGAGGUGCUCACCCGCGGCUGGGGCCGGUUUCCCUCAGCUCUAGGCUGUUCUGUAGCUUAUCGGCCCUCCCCGCCCCCCCCUCGCGGGACCUUGGUGGGCAGGAGUGUGGGUCUCUCUCGUCCCUCCCUGUUCCCACUCCUGGCCCUGGGGAAUCUCAGGCAGGAGCUGGGGCGUUCACCCUGCAGCCAGGAGCCGCCCCGUCUGCCUCAGCCGUGGGAAGCUGGGGAGACCCCUUCCUGCUGCUGGGGCUGGAGAUGCUCCACCAGGGCCCAGGUUGCCCCAGAGCCCCCCAGGAAGGGGAGCAUGGGGGGGGGGGCUCGGACCACACUACACCCUGUCCUGGGGUGAAACCAGUUCAGUUAGCCCAGAGACCCGCUUGUGGGGAGAGGGCAGGACCCCCAGGGGUCACAGACCUCAGGAAGGCAGGCCAUGGGGGCAGAGGCCUUGCCCCCACUCCUCUGGCCACACAGGCAGGGCCUGGCCCCGGUGACGUCCUCCUCUGGUUCCCUGUCACCCCCCACCACCACCCCACCAAUGCCUCGUUGAGCGACCUCGGACUGAGCGCCUCUUAGCAAUACAGGGGGGAGGUUCCCAGGGCCUGGACAGCUGGGCUCGGGAGGCCAGCGGUGGCCGGUGCUGGCGGCCCUUGGCCUGGGUUGGGAGCUCUCAGGACGAGAGCCUUAUUUACUUAGUGCAAAAACUGUAAAAGUGUACAGACUCUUCCCAGAUUUUUAUCUGAAUUGCAAGUCUGACGAUUUUUGUAAAUGUUCUUGGUGUUUGACUGUAAUGUAACUAUUUCACCUAAUGGUUGUACAUAGUCCUUUAGUCCUGGUGCUGCCGAGGGCUGCCCGGGACCGCUGCUCUCCGACGGUUUUUAUUUUAUUUUUAAUCUAGAGAACAGUGCUGGGCAGGAGGCAGAGGUUGGGGAUUUGGGUGAUGGGGUCCUUCCCUGCCCGGGGCAUUUGGUCGGCUGUGCAGCGUGCUCGCUGGGUGGUGGGGACGCGCGACCUGCCUGGGUCACACUGAACCCGCGUCCCUGAGAGAGGAGGAGGGAAGGCAGGCCCUGCUCGGGGAGGCCCAGGUCCAGCCCUGCUGGAGAAGGCUCUCCCCUCCCCUCCCCUCCCCACACAGGGAGGCCUGACAUUGCGCUUAACUUUUAUGUUUAGGGUGAAGGAAACUGCCAAACUUCCUAUAAGUGAAGACUCUUUCCGACCGCCCAGAAUGGGGGUGGGGAACCAGGGCCAGAGCUCCAGGCACCCCCCCACCCCACCCUGCAGAGCAUCUGCCCCGGGGUACACC